ACUUUGCUUUGCUUGUGAAUGUUGUGAAUUUGGAAAAUGAAGUUGUUUCUUUCGGAAAAAUUAAGAUUUUCGUUACUUUAAAACAAGUUCCGACCACAAAUACGAAGAGUCCUUUAACUUCGGUCAAAUUAUUGAACAAGAACUACGCACAAUACUUACCCAACCUCAAUCUAUUACUGCUCGAAGAUCUCGAUGAAAUUUAUCAAGUUUUGUUGAACUUCGAGUGCAAUAUUAGCCCAAAGGUUCCAAUAUGCUUUCUGAUGAAUCAAGCAGUGAUUCAGAGACAGGUAGAUUCAAAGGGCGCACAUCAAACCAGGAAGCCCAAACAAAGAGUUCUAAUCAAAAAGAAGACUCUCAUAGGUCAUCAGGAAGAAGCAGAGCAUCAGAAAAUGAUAGAUUUCGCAGAGAGUUCGAGAGAAGAAGGGAUGAAAGAGAGCGAUAUGAAAGGCGCUCUAAAGAAAAACAAUGGUUCUCGCGACAUUCUUCAAUAAAAAGAAGACAUUCUAGAGAAAGAACUCCUCAUAGACGCUCCAGGGAACGGAGCUCACAGCAUAGAUCAAGAGAAAGACCAAGACAUAGCGACAUUCGGAAUAGAUCUAAACCAAGAAGCAGCAGCAGAGACAAACAUAGACACUCCAGGUCCAGGUCGCAUAAAUCACCAGAACUCAAAAAAGAAUUAAAGGAGGAAGUCAAACAUUAUUCUCCUCCUACACAUAAACAAGUGGAUAAAUUUGAUAGAAGAUCAAGAGAUAAGUCAUCCUCACCUGAGCACAGGGGAAAGAGAUCCGAGAUUCAUAAACCUGAACCCAUACCGCUGGAAAGAAAAAAAAGUGAUAGUCCAAUUAUAGUAGAGGAACAUGCUAGUAGUGAUGAAUCAGUAGAAGUGCAACCUGGCUCAUAUUACAACAUGAUACCAGCUGUAGUUAAGGAUAAAAUAGAGGAAUCUCCUUCGGUUAUUAAACAGAAGUCAGAAUCUAGUGAAAUAGACUCAUCCGAUGAUGAAAAACUCAGGGCCAAACUUUUGAAUUUGGAAAAAGAACUCCAAAAGACCAGAAAGAAAAAGCAUAAGAAGAGACAUAAACGAAAAAGUUCUAAGUCCAGUAAAGACAGGGAUCGAGAUGCUUCCGCUGUCGAAGUCAGUAGUACCACUGACAUUGACAAGAUUGUCCCGCAUACACGAACUGAUAUCAUGGAAGUAUCCUCAACACAGAAAAGCAGUCAAAAGGAAAGUAGCGAAGAAGGAGAAAUAACAAGUGAUGAUGACUCUCAAGAUGAAAUUGCAAUUGAUCCGACAGAUUUAAGGCAUAAAUUAAAACGAUCUAAACAUGAUCCUAGCAUUACUCAGUCGUCAUCUAAGGAAGAUAUGUGUGGUCCGGCGCUGCCACCACAAUUAAAGAAAAAACACAAACGGAGCUCAUCACGCGAUGUCGAAGGUCCGGCCCUGCCGCCUCAUUUGCAGAAGCAUCGGAAUAUUGGGCCAUCGAUUCCCGAUAAUAUACGGAAAGGUUUAGCAAAUCCUGAAAGAGAAGUAAUUGUAACAUAUGAAAGUUCCGAUGAAGACAUUGGCAUAGGUCCAUUGCCAUCUGGCACCGAAAGUAAAUGGUCUGAAGCACACAAGCGACUGGAAGAGAGAGCUUUGGAUAUGAAAAUUAGGAAAUUAGAUGGACACUCGCUACAGCAAACAAAUGUGAAGUCUCGCGAACAGUGGAUGUUGGAACUGCCAGAAGCCAAAGCUAAAUACUUGGGCUUAGAAGCUAGAAGUUUCAGAGCUAAAGAGGGGCCUGAUAUGUCAGAUAGGUCAAGCUGGACAGACACACCAGAAGACAAGGCUCUCAAGGCGGCCGGCAUUGUGAAAGUAGAGGACCCAGAUGUAGUCUUACAGCGGGAAGCCAGAGCGCGUCACAUCGAAUCCAGAGACGAGGAUCAGGAACGAGCCGUCAGGAAGCAUAAGAAGAAGCAUAAAAGAGAAGAAAGCCUAUUGGAACUUCAUCAGAAGAAAUUGAAGAAAAAGAAAAAGAAGGAAGACAAAGAUGAGAAGAAGGAGCGACGCCCGUUUAGCCGCGAAGUUGAUUUGCAAGUGAACCGAUUCGACGAAGCACAGAAAAAGAACAUUAUCAAGAAGGCUCAGGCUCUCGACUCACGGUUCUCACGCGGAGAAGCAAAGUACUUGUAGGACUCAGUUUCUGUAUCAUAGUGGACAGCGGGAGGGCAAAAAAUUUACAGUGCACACAGGGCUAUUGAUACAGGAGUGCCCCAGCCCCUCGCUGCGGGGAGAUUUCGUUACUUUUUGACAUUUAUUCUCCGCUAAGUAAUAAUAACGGAAUUAAUUUUAUAAGUUGUUACACGUGUUAUGGCCACUGCGCUUUGGUGAAUAAUGGGCAUUGGGCUCUGACUUCCUCA